CAGUUGUCAGAACAAGAAGUUAUUGGAAAAAACUAACACAUAUGAAGAAUCAUCUCAAUGGGAAAUGAAGGAAUUUUUUAGAAAACACAGUCUUGAAGAUUUAUGUUUUGGAAAUGAUUGGGAAGACAAAAAUCAAUUUCAAACACAUCAAAAUCAGGAAUACUUCAAGCAACUGACACUUACCUGUGAAAAAAUGCUUACUGUGAACCAACAUACAGUUUUGAGUCACCAGAGACUUAAUACAGGAGAGAAAGCAAGUGAAUUUAAAUGUGAAAAAGCCCUCAGUUUUGGAUCAGACCAUAUUCAUCCUCAGUUAACUCACUCUGGUAACAAAUUCCAUGAAGAUAAGGACUGUGGGAAAACCUUUCUUCCUGAUUCAGAACUCACUCACUUUCAGCAAGUUCUCUAUGGUAAGAAAACUCAUCAAUGGAAGGAAUCUAGAGAGCCAUUCAGUUUGCAUUCAAGAAUAUUUGGCCUUCAGAGAAUCCAUACUGGUGAGAAAUCUUAUGAAUGUAAGGAAUGUGGAAAAUCCUUUACUUUGAAGUCAAACUUAACCCGACAUCACAGAAUUCAUACUGGUGAGAGGCCAUAUGCAUGUGAUGACUGUGGGAAAGCCUUCACUCAGCGAUCACAUCUUACUUCACAUCAGAAUAUUCACACUGGAGAAAAAGCUUAUGCAUGUGGAGUCUGUGGUAAGGCUUUUAAUCGUGGCUCAAGCCUGACUAAGCAUCAGAACAUUCAUUAUCAUGUGAUUAAUGCUGACAAGAAAAUAUAUGAAUGUAUAGAAUGUGGCAAGGGUUUUAAUAGGCAUUCAAAUCUCACUCGUCAUAAGAAACUUCAUGCUAGAUCAGCUCUUACUAGUCAUAACAGUAAUCAGCCUGGAGAGAAACCUUUUAGAUAUAAGAGAUGUGGGAAAUCUUUUAGAUUUCCUUCACAACUUAGUUUACAUAGACAAAUUCAUACUGGUGAGAAAUGUUAUGAAUGUAAGGAAUGUGGAAAACCAUUUACUUUGAAGUCAAACUUGGCUCAACAUCACAGAGUUCAUACUGGUGAGAGGCCAUAUGCAUGUGAUGACUGUGGAAAAGCCUUCACUCAUCGAUCAAAUCUUGCUUCACAUCAGAAAAUUCACACUGGAGAAAAAGCUUAUGUAUGUGAGGUUUGUGGAAAAGGUUUUAAUCGCAGCUCAAACCUGACUCAGCAUCAGAAUAUUCAUUAUGUAGUUAAUACUGGCAAGAAAAUAUAUGAAUGUAAAGAAUGUGGCAAGGGUUUUAAUCGGCAUUCAAAUCUCACUCGUCAUAAGAAAACUCAUGUGGGAGAGAAACCUUUUAAAUGUAAGGAAUGUGGAAACGCCUUUAGUCAAAAAUCACAUCUUACCAAACAUCAGAGAAUCCACACUGGUGAACGUAACAAGUCUUUUUCUGUCCCGCCAGCCAGCUCCCAAAUAAUGACAUAGAGACUUACUGUUAAUUUUGAAAGCUUGGCCUUAGCUUAGGCUUUUCCCACUAACUCUUCUAACUUAAUUAACCUGCUUUUAUUAAUCUAUGUUUUACCACGUGGCUUUUUACCUUCCUUUCAUCUUGCACCUCCUGUUUCCUUUCCCUGUCUCCUGGCAUGCCAUGUGUGCCUAGAAUGUCCUCCUUCCUCUCUCUCUGCCUGGAAGUCCCACCUAUACCUCCUGCCUAGCUAUUGGCCAUUUAGCUUUUCAUUAUAUCAAUCACAGCAAUACAUCUUCACAGUGUACAAAUAUCCCACAACAGGUAAAACCCUUAGGAAUGUUCAGAGUGUGGUAAAGUUUUUCAUCAUUGCUCACACUAUGUCAGCAUCAGAAAAUUGAUACAGGUGUGGAAUGAGACUAGUAAGAAGAAUACAGAAAAGCCCUUAUGGGUCGACAGCUGGGGAGCUGCAUGGGGCUGCACUCGGCACUCUGAAUGUCGAUGACAGUUGCAUGGCUUGAUGUGUUUAUGAGUCCCCUGGCAAUGGGACCAGGACUUAU